AUGGGCGUUUAUGAAGAAGCAAAAGCUCGCAUAUCAAACUUGACAAAUAGAACUCGUGGUGUGUAUGACGCAGGGGAGGCAAUCAAAGGAGAUUCGAACGAUAAGAAGGCAAAAAUUAAAUUUAAGAUAAUGUACGCAACUCUAGAAAAGUUAUCUGAAGAUUUUGAAACGCAGCUGUCGACAAUUAUUCGAUAUCAGUGCAAAGGAGCAGCAGAGCCGGACGACAAAGGGGAAACAGAAAAAUGGCAAGCUGAAUUUGAAGAGUUGUAUGUAGGCUGUAAAAUUCUUGCAGAUGAGUACCUGCCCGAGGCUGCGGUUGAGUCAACGCUAAAUAGAACUUUUUUCGAACAAAAACCACCUAAUUCUACAAAUACCUACUUUCCAGUAGAAAAAUUGUCUGUUCCGAUAUUUAGGGGAAGUCCAUUAGAGUACACAAGUUUUCGAAACAUGUUCGAUAUUCUGGUACACGAAAGUAAUAUGUCACCGGUACUUAAAUUUGGAUAUCUGAAAUCCAGAUUGGAAGGAGAACCCUUAAAACUAAUCGGAAAUCUGAUGCUGACAGCCAGUAAUUAUGAGCUAGCCUUAUCGCAGCUAAAUGCAAGGUAUUCAAACCGUCGUAUCAUCGCCGAGAGUCACCUUGACGAGUUGUCUAAAGCACCUAAUGCAUCACACGAUGAUGGAGGUUCAAUAAAAACACUAUUGAACACUAUCGUUGAGUCCACCGGAGCAUUACGAAACUUAUCAUAUGCCGUAGAUCAGUGGGAUCCAAUUCUGUUAUAUUUGUUACAAAAGAAGUUGGACCAAAAUCUCAGGACACAGUGGGAGUUGUUAGUAGACACUACUGAAGAUCCAACGGUAUUAGAGUUUAUCACGUUCCUCACCAAGUACAGUAAAUCAGCUGCUGUAUGCCAAGCCAACGACAAACCUGCCACGGUCAGAGGAAACAAGUUAUCAAAAACCACCGCUUUAUUCAGUGAUCGCACAGACCAACGACACACAUUUACACCGAAGAGAACUAGCACUAAUCAACCAGAGAAGAGGACGUACACGUGUCAAGUAUGCAAUAGUCAUCCAGGACAUUUGUUAAUACACUGUCCAUUAUUCAGAGAAAAGUCACCAACCGAACGUUAUCAAAUAAUUAAAGAUCUGAAACGUUGUUUUAACUGCUUCAGCGCGCACAUGGCGAGUGAAUGUAUGAACCCAAAAAAAUGCUCAGAGUGUAGCGCAAAGCACCACACCUUGCUUCAUUUCGGUGACCACGAGCAGGUUGUCACUUCUGCACAUGUCACGGUGGCCGCGUCGUCUACCAGAGACCCCCAUGCCUCAGUUUUGUUAGCAACCGCCAGCGUGGUGAUUCAGAAUGAAGAAGGAAAUCACGUCACCGUACGAGCACUAUUGGACAGCGCCAGUCAAAGUAGCUUUAUAACUGAGCGUUGUGCUCAUCUAUUGCAAUUGGUCAGAAAAAAAUGUGACGUUAUGGUACAGGCUCUGUCUGGGACACGUGUUCCUGCGGUAAGAGGAAGCGCCAACAUAAUUAUACGUCCUGUCGAUCAAGAAGAACCGCAAUUUAACGUAGAUGUCCUAAUUUUAUCCCGUAUAACAGGACCUGUGCCGUCAGAACGCGUGUGGUCAGAUAACUGGCCCCACAUACAUGGAUUACAAUUAGCCGACCCUGAAUAUUCCGAGACGCUACCGAUUGACGUUUUGCUCGGUGCUGAUAUUUUCCCGCACCUUUUCCUAGGUGAUAAAAGGGAAGGUAUCGCGGGACAACCGAUUGCCAUGUCUACGGUCUUUGGGUGGGUGCUCAUGGGAAAAACGUCUAGUACACCAGACAGGAACAUAGUCACUAUGUGCUCAACCAUGGAUUCAGUAGACCGAACUUACAGCGUUUUCUAG